AUGGCUAAGUUUUUUAUAUCCUAUGGUUAUAAUCUUAUUACUUUCUUUAUUAUUAGUCAUUUAAUGUCCAUUUUAGGAAAUUUAAAUCCAUGGAAUCCUUCAAUUCCUUUUGAAAUUCUUUCACUUAAUAUUUCAUCAAAACUUAGUAUAAAUUCUCAUGCUAUUAAAGAAUCUUCCAAAGAUUUUGGAAAGAUUAUUCAAGAAAUAUUACCAGCUGCUGUUCUUUAUCCUUCUUGUGUUAAUGACAUAAUUGACCUCAUUCAAUUUUCUUAUGGCCUUUCUAUCCCUUUUCAUGUUGCAGCCAAAGGUCAUGGACAUUCCAUUAGGGGACAAGCCAUGGCAAAAAAUGGGGUAAUUGUGGAAAUGAAUUCUUUAAAUAAUAAUAAUAAUAAUGAAAAUUGUGGUGUUAGGAUUUCUUGGGAUUCGAAUUUAGGGUUUUACGCGGAUGUUGGAGGUGAACAAUUAUGGAUUGAUGUUCUUACUAGUACCCUAGAAUAUGGCUUAGCACCUGUUUCAUGGACAGAUUAUUUGUACCUUACCGUUGGUGGUACUCUCUCUAAUGCUGGAAUUAGUGGUCAAAAUUUCCUACAUGGUCCUCAAAUAAGUAAUGUUCAUGAGAUGGAUGUUAUUACAGGUAAAGGGGAACUAGUGACUUGCUCCAAAGAUAUGAAUUCAGAAUUGUUUUUUGGAGUUUUAGGAGGUUUGGGACAGUUUGGAAUAAUAACCAGAGCAAGAAUUGUCUUGGAUAAAGCCCCAACAAGAGUAAGUAUGAUUGUAUUUGACUGAACACGAAA